CGCGGGCUCCUCUCCUGCUUCCCUAUAAGACAACCCGCGCUGUCGCGCUCCCUUCGCCACUAGCCAUCAGGAUUCAGGGCGUCGCUUCCACUCGUCGUAACGGCACGACACGAGCAAAGGAGGCAGCAAAGCGGAGGCGGCCUUUGCGCGAGUGCGCUCUCUUUUCUUAGCUCGGCCUAGAGGUGGGAUGCCGACGAGGCGGCGCGGGGGGUUCAGGCUCGGCCGGAAGCUGCUCAGCGUCUGGCGCUGGGCGCUCUGCCACCGCCGGCGCGGCCGCGGCCGUGGGUACCUCCGCCUGCGGCCGUGCCAGGGAGGCGGUGGCAGCGACGGCGGCAGGUCGCCCCUGCUGGCGGCCGCCACGGUGUGCGCCGCCAGGAAGCACCAGCAGCAGUUGGUGGCGGGGGCGCGCGACGACGGGUACGCCUCCUCGCCGCGGAUGCUGACGUGGGGGCGGUCGCUGGCGCGGCGGAUGAGGCUCCUGCGGCGGGGUGGCGGCGGGAGGGAGGACCGGCUGCUGGAGGACGCGGCGGCGGAGGCCACCACGCCCAAGGGGCAGGUGGCGGUGUACGUGGGCGGCGCCGAACCCGGGGGCGAGUCGAUGCGGUACGUGGUCCCCGUGGUGUACUUCAACCACCCGCUGUUCGGGGAGCUGCUGCGCGAGGCCGAGGAGGAGUUCGGCUUCGAGCACCCCGGCGGGAUCACCAUCCCGUGCGCGGCCUCGCGGUUCGAGCGCGCCGCCGCCGUGGCCGCCGCGGGCGGCGGCGGCAAGAAGGUUCCCUGCUGGUGGUAGCAGCAGCAGCGGCAGCAGCACGUGGCCGCCCCAGUGGCCGGUGUACAUACACACAUGCCCCUCAGGAGAGGAGGAUCCCGAUCCAGGCAUCCAGCCCAUGGCCAUGGGGAUCAUUGAUCCUUUUUUAGAUCUUCUUCUUCUCAACUUAGUUUUGACCUUUUUUUUUUGGUUCCUUGCGCCCCGAGCGACGCCCCGUUUCCUUGUGUGGAUUGAGCAUGUGCAUGGGAUGCGAGGAGGCAUAGCUAGUCUGAUGAGAGAUGAACAAAGGAUAUUAUUUAGCUGUUAGGGUCAGCAUGCAAAAACAUGUCCUGAUUCCCCCCAACUUGCAAGUCCAUGUUAGAAAGCAUCAAAAUUUGUACGUCAGGUGUGUGAUGAUAUGGUGACUCUCUUGCUUGUUGGAACUAACCCACACCCACACCUCCAUCUCUAAUUUCUUUUCUUUCUUUAUUUACAUAUGUUGAAGUGAGGUUAGUUUGCACUGAAAAGGGAACAAACAACUGGAGCCCAUGAAAUAUCUUCUUGUUGCUAUUCAGCUGCUGCCCUGGUGUUCAAUCGAUCAGUUAGACCUGCUGUUCUCUACUGUCCCCAAAAUCUAUGCUCCACCUAAAGGGAACUAGGGGUCUUUUCGAAAAAAAAAGGAACUAGGGAAGCUGAGACUAGUAGUAGGCUAGUGUACCAAGUCGUCCGUACAAGGUAUUGCAAGCAACCACGGCGGAUCACCUGUCCCUCCAGAGUCCAGAGCCUUAGCUAAAACAGUUCGCUGCCUUUGUCUGAUGCUGCAACGCAGCGGGCCCGUAUCCGAGCCUGAGCUGCUGCACCCCGGUAUGGGAUCACCCGUCGUGUAUAUGGGGAGGGGUUGGUAUCCGUAGCAGGGGUCCUCAAGCAAAGCGGCCAUACCGUGCCAUGGGCUCAAAUAUAAAAAGAUGUUGGAGAGAGCUGUCAGAGCUGAGGUUCUGAUGAGAUGGCCCCAUCCAUGAUCCAUCCUAGCUAGGGUAUUUCCGUGUAUCCCCAAUGCGUGUUUUGCAUCGAACUAGGACGGGUUCUCGGAUUAGCUAUUUGUUCACAUGUUGGAAUGCCAAGACUGAAAAUUCCAAGUGGGGCAUGCAAUCAAUCAAGCACGCCGGUGUCCAUCUCUGAAUGAAUGAGUGAAUGAAGGAGACACCGGGGGGUCCUUUCUGUGGCUCUCGCUAGUUUCCACUGAAGCUGACUUCGCCGUGCGCUAUUCCUAUUCUCCUCCCCCGUGGCCGGGGGGGGGCUCCACGACGGCGCCACGCAACCGGAGGAGGAGGAGGCUGGGGCGCCGGCGGCGGCUAAGGUGUCACCUAUCUUCUACUUGGACCGCAUCAAUGGGAUGCUGGAUGAACGGAGCGGAGUGGCGUCGCAUACCGUCCACAGAGGCCGCCAGAGAGGGCUUCCAAAUUCCAAUGGCUUGUCUCUUCAAAAAAAAAAAAAAUCCAACGCUUUGUUCUCUUUUACUAGCAGCUUAGCGGUAGGUAGGUUCGCUCGCUCCGCCCUGGAUCGUGGUACUUGUGUACUUGUACUUCGUUGGACUGAUCGAAUUGCCGUGAAAGGUACGGGGAAAGCGAGCGAUCGGUCGAGCGCGACCGCAGGCGGCAGUGGGAAAAUAUCGUAGUACACGGCUGGGGCUUGCCAAGCUGCAACUGCAUAGUUGUGUGGCGAAGGGUGAGCGGACUGCCAGAGAAUCAUAUGUGGAGCAACUUUCCAGCGGCAUUACUUGCUCUUGUUUCAGAACGGAACAGGGGAUGGAAGAUUCUUCAGGAAUCUGGAACUCUGUCCACAGUUACAACGAGUGGCUAGCUCAUUUGCCAGCAUUCAUGGAGUAGGUGGUUGAUAUUUGUAAUUUAUGGAGUAAGAUAGGGCACAUGGUCCUAACAAGAUCGGCUAAUUGAAGAGGUAGGACAGCGGUCAUUCUCGGUUUCCUUUCCAUCUCGCCGAGAGCUGGUGAAGCCAAGUCUCUGCUCACACCUGCAACUCUGCAAUUCAUGCAGCGAGGACGUAGGAUUAGUUGGGCCUCGAAGCAGACUGAGCAACGACGCUUCUUGACUUAGCUGUCGACAUGUACUCUUAGUCUCUUAUUACUAUGCGCCCUCGAGGGAGAGCCACGGGAGCAGUCGGGCGCUCCCUGCGCGACACGUGUCGGGGAGAGGAAGCCCGACGCGGCUCCUCGAUUCCUCGUUCGCUCGUUUCGCGGAAGCCGCGCGGUGCCUUCUGCGUGUGGUCCUCGCUGCUCAUGCCCGACGCGGCUCAUCGAUUCGGCGUUCGACUGCGUGUGGGCUUCGCUGCUGCUGCCGCGCCUCUCCUGCGCGCCGGCCCCCCAGCUCGCCUCGCCCUCUGCGUGCGAGCCUGCCUGCUGCCGCACCGCCUCCCACUGUGCGCGGGCCCCGCCGGGCUCUCUUCUCCCUGCCUCCGCGGGACAGCGCCCGUUCCCACUGCGUCUCCUUCUCGUUUUCGUUUUCCUCUCGUGGAGGCGGCGUAGGGUUUAGGGAAGGUUUGGGGGAGGGCGGAGUCUUGGCGCCGUGCGAGGAGGGCAGCGGCGGAGGAGUCCGGCCGCUGUGCGUCGGCGCGCCGGGGCCGGCCGACGCCGCCGUGCUCCCGGUGCGGUUCCGCCGGCCCGCAGUUCUUCUCCUGCAUUGCCUUUGUCUUCAGGCCAUUGGUGAGUUCCAGAUCCACUCGAUUGUCCGGCUCCCUCCCAGUUCCUGAUGAUGCUUGUCCUCCUGUUUUGUGUCCUCCCUAUGCGUCUUCCUCUGCUCGCCGGCGGCCGCUGCCUUCCCGUGGUCUCCACGCCGCCGCUGUUUCCUCCGUCGUUAGCUUCUUCCCUGGGUCUCCCAAACGAGUUCGUGUUGCUGCUUCCACCACUUUGGUCGCCGUUCCCCGCCUGCCUGUGCUGUCUGGAUUGGAUGCUCUGGUUGUGGGGCGCAUUGUCAGCGGUGAACUCCUACUGCUGCUUGUCAGGUUUACCAAGCGCAAAAUGUUGAUAUGUUUGUGUAGAAGCAUGGGCUCUCCCUCUCCACGGUGUAUGUUGAUCCAAUGAUCCUUAAGAUUCUAAAAUCAGUUUCCCUUUUUACAGCAGUUUUAAAAUCAGUUGAGAAUAUAGCAGUUCUGAAAUGAGUUGAGAAGUAUCAUGCUUGAAUAAAUGUUAAGGUAUCUGGCAGAUGGACCUGGGACAAGCAACAUAUACAUAGGACAAAGUUGCAAUUAUAUCUGUAGCUUAAGCUUUAUGAGAAAAUCCACUUACUCUUUUCUUUACUUCAAGAAAAUAUUGCAAAGUAUGCUUGGAUAUAUCUUGCUGCCCUCUGUGAUACAUGGUGUUCUAGGUUUGCCAGGAUAGGAAUAAGAAUGACAUUCAAUUUAGUUGCUACUAGACAUGCUGACCACAUGCCAUGGAAUGAACAAUUCGCUUGCAGGGACCUUGCUUGUGUUAAAUACCACUUUAUUUCAAAAGUGUGUUACAAAACAAUAGUUUUUUUUAGAAAAAGGAUUACAAAUCCGGCCUCUACGUUCGUGAACGUACAAAACAAUAGUUAAUACAUCAUAUAAAUAUGUAGCUGUCGGUCUGGAUAGUUCUACUAUGAUCAUCUUAUAGUGUUGCACAGUAUACUGAAUUGUUGUAUAGGAUACCCCUUUCAAACCAACGUGGAGCCUUCCAUUUUCUCUUUUUCCCUUCUCUCUAUUUUCGUCCAAAAGAACACUCAUGUGCAUAUACUUCCAAUAUUACUCACUGAUGUACAACUGAGUCAAAAAUGUAUUGUCGAUGCACUUAGAAAAAAAACAGAGACAAGAACAAAAGAAUUUUCAGCAGGAAAUAAUCAUGAUUCAGCAAUGCUUGCAAGCAUGUCUACAUAUGCACUCAAAAAAACAAAAUUAGCAGAAAGACUACUGGGUGAUUAUUGCUAACUCAUUAUAUCAUAAUAUGUCAAGAUAUUAUCCUUCUUUCAUUUCUUUUACAUGUUGAAGGGAGCAUCAGUUGGAACUAUUUUUGGAAAUUGCAGCUUUCAUGACAGAUCAGGUAGUAGAAAUUAUGUACUUGCUUCGUCAAUAACUUAUUUCUCAAUACUUCUCUCAUUUUACUCAAACCUGAUCACCUGGGUCAAGAUGGGAUGUCAAUUGGUCACUACACCUUUAGGGACUCCAUAAUUUGAACUACAAAACUGUAGAGCUCCAAUAUGGGUUUCUAUCACAAGUUAAUAGUUAUGUUCUACAUCUUCUCUUGAUAUACUUGAGAUGGAGAUCCUAUCCAAUAUUGAUUUGCAUACAUCUCAAACCUGUGCUGCUGUGCACAUUCAGAUAUAUGGGUUCCAAUAUGUGUCGUGUCUCAGAUUAAUACGACUUUUUUUUUGCGAGGAGAUUAAUACGGCUUAUUUUAGUACAAUAGUAGAAUUUUAGAAGAUAUGAAGGUGAAGUCACUUCAGCCUAAGCAUAAUAGACCUCUCAUUUUAAGCCAUAAUAAGUUUGGUCUAUUUUUAUUUCCUCUUUUUUUUGCAGCAUUUUCUUCCCCUGGCAAUAGCGGAUUAUUUGUUCCAUUGGAUUUUGAAUCGAUUCCUACUUACUUACAGUUAUGUUGUUUCUAAUGUGCAUUGCCAAUCACAGAUUGUCUGAUUAGGCACAUACUAAUAUCCUUUGUUCAUUGACAGCUUCAACUAGGGAAGUAAGCACGCAACUUUGUACUAAUGGACUUUGAGAUGAUCAGUAUAAAGAGGAGACAAUAAUAUAUCAUCGCAGCUGGCAUCAUUUUUGCUUAAGUGAACCUCCAGUGUAGAUGUACUUUUACUUCAUGCCUAUAGUGCCGUUCCUGCUUAUGCUUAUUUUUUUCCUUCAAUUAUUUUGGUUGACAUUCCUCAUAGGAUAUUCAUGAUCUGUGUACAAGAAUCCAUGAUCUUAAUGCCAAAAGGUAGAUAUGGAAAUCAUGUUUCCUUA